AUGGCUCAGAGAUUCGAACAAGCCAUCCUGGCCGACGAAGUGGCCGUCAUCGGACCCGGGGCCGUGGGCAGCAUUACCUUCACCGCUCCAGGCCCAGACCCCAGAGAGAACAAGAAGGGCAAUAAGAAUGGCGAGAUGGAAUUCAGGGCCAUCGGCACUGCAAAGCUCUUGAGCAAUACUGCCGCGGUCGUGGUCAUGAUCGGCAUCGGGUGCGUGGUGCUCGCAAACAUUCCUGCCCCCGUCGAGCCCAACGAGACAGUUGAAGCAGUGACCCGGAACUCGAUGAAUACAUUUCUGGAAGUGUGUCACCGCACGAUAAGCCCCGCGGCGCCUCGAAAAUAUGCGAUCGUCGAUGCCAUCUGCCCCGCUAUCCGGGCGUGGGCGCUCCCUGGUAGAGUGAGCCUUAUCGAGAGAAUGCUGACUGAUGCGCAACCGGGGACUGUACCGUCAGAAGUUGGGUAUAUGUCUCACCGCGUCACACCUGAUGUGACGAAAGGACAGGUAUUUGUGGAUGCCAGGGUUCAUCCGCCGAAGCUUUAUGUGAAUAAUGUGGAGAUGCUCCGGGUCCACUUUAAUUACAGAUGGUGA